AUGGGCAUCAAGGACCUUCUCAGAUUCAUGAAACCCUACAUUCUUCCCAUUCACAUCCAGAAAUACGCCGGCAAACGGGUGGGAAUCGAUGCAUAUUCAUGGCUACACAAAGGAGCAUACUCAUGCAGUAUGGAGCUGUGUUUAGACACUGAUGGGAAGAAGAAGCUGAGGUACAUUGAUUACUUUAUGCACAGAAUCAACCUUCUUCAACACUAUGAGAUCAUCCCAAUCGUUGUUCUUGAUGGUGGUCAUAUGCCUUGCAAAGCUGCCACAGGAGAUGAACGUCAAAGGAAGCGAAAGGCAAACUUUGAUGCUGCAAUGGCUAAGCUUAAGGAAGGGAAUGUUGGAGCUGCUACUGAGCUUUUUCAGAGAGCAGUUAGUGUAACAUCAUCCAUGGCUCAUCAACUGGUUGAGGUUCUGAAAUCAGAAAACGUCGAAUUUAUUGUAGCUCCGUAUGAGGCUGAUGCUCAGCUAGCUUACUUAUCUAGCCUCGAACUUGAACAAGGCGGGAUUGCUGCUGUUAUAACCGAGGACAGCGAUUUACUUGCGUAUGGCUGCAAAGCUGUUAUCUUUAAGAUGGACCGGUAUGGUAAAGGAGAGGAACUGAUUCUAGAUAAUGUCUUUCAAGCCGUUGAUCAAAAACCUUCUUUCCAGAAUUUUGAUCAAGAGUUAUUCACUGCAAUGUGCGUAUUAGCCGGAUGUGAUUUUCUCCCCUCGGUUCCUGGGGUUGGCAUUUCAAGAGCUCAUGCAUUCAUCUCCAAAUACCAGAGUGUAGAACGCGUUUUGUCAGUUCUCAAGACUAAAAAGGGCAAACUGUUUCCUGAUAAUUACUCCAGCUCUUUAGUGGAAGCAGUUUCAGUUUUUCAGCACGCUCGUGUAUAUGACUUUGAUGCUAAGAAGCUCAAAUACUUGAAACCCCUCUCUCAGAGCCUCCUGGAUUUACCUGUUGAACAACUCGAGUUCCUCGGACCAGACCUGACGCCAUCUGUUGCUGCUGCAAUUGCUGAAGGGAAGGUUGAUCCUAUAACCAUGGAGGCUUUUAACCGCUUCUCAGUUUCUAAGACACCGCUGAAGACGCCUGUUCGAUCAUUCAAGGAACAGGAAAAGAGUGGUUCCUUUUUGGAAAGAAUAGAGCUCAAAAGGACUGCUGAUGAAGCUAUGAUCGAUCCAGAAGCUGUUUUGAAGGAGCCGAAGUACUCAAAACAAGAUUUAGAUCUUCACAAACUUGUUUUGCAGCCUAACAAGGAUCAGAUGGUUAUCCGGACCGGCAAUCCCUCACUGAUUCCGAAUAACAACCCGUUCAAGAUUAGAAAAACGGAUGAAAUGAACAUGGAAUCCGAAGAGUACGGUUUGCAACAGCUCAAGGUUUCUUUUGGGACCAAAAGCGAAGGUAUGGAUGUGUCUUGCUCUUCACCAAACUCUAAGGAACAUGAUUGUUCAGAGGGUCAAAAAGAGGUUAUAAUCGAUUUGUCCAAGCUUGUUGAUGACUCCGGAGUUAAACAAGACUGUGAGAAGAACAGAGAGGAGGAAGGAUUUGAAUCCACAGAGGAUGAUGUAGUUGAAAUUCAAGGUCAUGUGAACAUUACGACAAAGAGAGUGCGUGGAGCAAAACCUAGAACGGAGAGUUUCAAAGUGAAAACAAGCUCUACAUGUUCAGAGAACAAGAAGGCUAAGAUCAACAAGAAAAGCAGUAUACUAGAUUUCUUUCAUCGAUUGUAG